UCGCACACUCCCCCUCUCUCUUUCAUCCAUCCUUUCCCGACUCCCAAAACUCCUCCCCAAUCUCUCUCUCUCUCUCUCCCUGACUGCUACUACAAUGUCAAGCGGUGGCGGCAGCAGCAGCCGGAGGAGGGUCCUCCUCAACACCGUCGCCGUCGACGUCGGCUGCAGCUGCCGGAAGCCCAGGCUCUUCCUCCACUCCCUCCUCAAACCCGGCUCCAAGUCCAAGCCCUCCUCCUCCUCCUCUACCUCCUCCUCCUCCGCCAACCACCACAGGCGCUUCCUCUCCCGCUCCCACUCCCAUUCCUCCUUCACCGCCGCCGACUCCCCCCCCGCCGCCGCCGCUGCCGCUGCCGCUGACCACUCCCUGCAGUACCUGCUGGACGCGGAGGCGGACGUGGCGCGUUCGGCGAAGGCGGUGCGGGGGUUCGGGAGGAUCGACGACGAGGGGGUGGCGGUCGAGAAGGAUUCGCACGACCCCUACCUGGACUUCCGGCACUCCAUGCUGCAGAUGAUCCUGGAGAACCAAAUCUACACCAAGGACGACCUCCGGGAGCUCCUCAACUGCUUCCUCCAGCUCAACUCCCCACACUACCACGGCGUCAUCGUCCGCGCCUUCACCGAGAUCUGGAACGGCGUCUUCUGCGACCGCCCAGCCGCCGGUCACCACUCCCCCCUCCUGCACUUCGCUUACAAGUCCUGGGAGUAUUAAUUAGCAGGCGGGUCGACGCGACGUCGUCGGUACGUCGAGACCGGUUUACCGAGCAAAAAGCGACGAGAUAGUCCGUCGCGUUGUUGUUGCUCUGUAAACCAGCCUCGCCGUGUAACUGUGUGUUAACUGUUUAACAGCGUUAGCGGAAGAUGCUUUAGUUUGACCUCGAAGUUAGGUAUGUCUGUAUGUGUAAGGUAGAACUAGUUUUUGUUGUGACUUUUCCCCUUUUUUUCUUUUCUAGGAUUUUGAGGUCUUUGUGUUGUGUUUGGCAUGCAAAUGUGAUUAUUACAGCGCCGAAAAUGGUCAGCUGCGUGUUGCGGGAGGCCGGCCAUUAAAGCCGACCUUCGUUUUUCCUUCUGGUUUUUUGUUGGAAAGGAAAUGAAAUGAGAUGUUGGGGGAGAGAUGGUUAGACGUCUUUCCCCCUUUUGUUUUCCUGCA